CUCUCUCUCUCUCUAUCUCUCUCUCUCAAAAAGAUAAAAAAGAGUAGCUUCCCUCUGCCUGCAAACAACAUCGGCGUCGUUUCCACACAAACGCAUUAAGAGUCCAACGUAGACCAAAACCCUUCUUGAAUUCAAUGGUACCCCUUUUCCCCAACACCGCAAACCCCUCGAAAACAGAACCGCCUGAUUCGAUAUCCGACAAUUGAACGAGAACAAUCUCUGUUGGUCGGGUGGUUUUGGUUGGUAAUUCUAGAAGAAGACAUGGAUCUUGGAGACCCCAACCACCGGCCCCGCUCCAUAGGGGACUACAUACUGGGCCCGAGAAUCGGGUCGGGUUCAUUCGCCGUGGUCUGGCGGUCCAGGCACCGUCACUCGGGUGUAGAGGUUGCUGUCAAAGAGAUUAACAGGAAACAACUUAACCCAAAAGUCAGUGAGAAUUUGCUCAAAGAGAUUUCCAUUCUCAGCACCAUCAAUAACCCAAACAUCAUUCGCCUUUUCGAGGCGAUCGAGACUGAGGAUAGAAUUUACCUUGUUUUGGAGUAUUGUGAUGGUGGUGACCUUGCGGACUACAUUCAUCGCCACAGCAAAGUUUCCGAGACCGUUGCGAGGCACUUUAUGAAGCAAUUGGCCGCGGGAUUGCAAAUACUUCAAGAAAAACACCUGAUCCACAGAGAUUUGAAACCGCAGAAUUUGCUCUUGUCAACUAGGGAAGGGACUCCACUUUUGAAGAUUGGAGAUUUUGGUUUUGCGAGGUCCCUGAUGCCCCAAGGCUUGGCGGACACCCUAUGUGGUUCACCAUUAUACAUGGCUCCAGAGAUUAUUCAGAACCAGAAGUAUGAUGCAAAGGCUGACUUAUGGAGUGUUGGGGCAAUAUUGUUCCAGCUGGUGACUGGGAAGCCACCAUUCGAUGGCAAUAGUCAAUUGCAGCUUUUUCAGAACAUUUUAACCUCGACUGAGCUGCGGUUUCCGCAAGGUGCUUUGGAAGAACUACAUCCAGAUUGUGUGGAUCUUUGCAGGAGCCUAUUACGUCAAAACCCAGUUGAGCGAUUAACAUUCAAGGAGUUUUUCAAUCACAGGUUCCUGGGGGAGCACAGGCCAAUUGUGGAGGUUGAACGCGUUUCUAUACUUCCGCCAAUGAGAUCAAUGGUUGGGAAGUUCAGUUCUACUGCCUCUGAUGAGAGAUUGCAAUUAAAUUCUGGGCAUUCCAUGAACUCAUCUAGCAGAAACUCAGCAAUAGCUACUUCAUCUGUACAUGAGAACAUACAAAAGCAAGGGAAAGAUUGUGACAAUACAUCCAUCACUAAGAGUGUUCAUGGGUUUACCCCAAAUAUUGCAAGUGGUAGGCUGAGGAAGUCUGUUGAUGGUGGCGCAUGUUCAUCAGAGCAGCUUCAAGUUUCUGAUUCGAUGGAGUCUAUUGAGAAAGGUUAUGUCUUAGUCAAUGCUCAUUGUGCUUCAAUGGAGGCUUUCUCUUAUUCCCUUGUGACUUCCCUGCAAGAUAAAUCCACGACCAGAGUUUCUGUCUGUCCUUCAAGGAAGAAUGACUGGGAUUUAGCUGUUGCGAUGCCAACAGUGGAGCUGGCUGAUAGUUCUCUGGGUUGUCCAGCAAGUGCACAAAGCGAUGGAUCAAAUCUCUUGGUGGCAUCAAGUGCAUCGUCUAUAUUAAGGGAAGUGCAAGGACUAACCAUAUUGCAUCCUUCGACUAGACUCCACUUGUUACAUCGGUAUGUUCAGGCUCUUGAAGAACUAUCACAAGAAAAGCAGUAUAAUGCAGGUCUUUUUCAAGAAUCAUUAUCAGUUGAACUGGUAGUUUUGGCUCUUUGGAAGAAAGCUCUUCAAAUUUGCAGCUCUUGGAUGGCCUCCACAGCAGAAGGUGAAUUACCUGCAAGCAGUUCCACUAACGAAUCCAUACCUUCUUGGGAAGCUGCUGUUUUGUCACCAAACACAGAAAACCAUAUAGAUUUUAGCAGGCCUUCAUCUGUUUCCUUGUGGGCAGAACAAGGGUUUAUUGUUGCAUUUGAUCGGGCAGAGAAGUCAUCGCAUCAUGUCAGACAUAUGGAUGGCGGUGCCGAGAUGCCAGACGCAAUAGAAAUCAUAUACCAGAAAGCACUUGCUGUUGGGACUAGUGGUGCUGUAGAUGAGUUGAUGGAGAACAAGGGUAGCGCAAUGGCAUCCUACUCUAAAGCAAUGCUUCUGCUUUCAUUUGUUGUAGGAGAAGCAACAUCCCUUCCACUGAACCCACCUUUUUCACUAACUCCUGAUAAUAAGAAGCGAAUUGAGCAAUACAUUAUCAACUUGCAAUCCCUUCUGGACUCUUAAGUAAGAUAUUACUUGUUGCAUACAGCAGUCUUUAGAAAGCCAUCUUUUUUUAAUGGGAUUUGCUGAUUACUGGAGCUGCACUGUACAAAUUUAAACUUUUCUUUAGCGACGAGAUGAGGGAAAUACUUGACGGGUGUCUAAUGUACAGGGAAGCAUAUACAAUUGAUUGUUGGCCGUCUAUAACGGGAGGGGAGGGUGGCCUCCAUUGCAUGAGCUUGUGUAAAUAAAAUUAUCUAUUCUUUGUCCAGACAACAUCGUAAAUAUGAAUGGUGAAAGAAACUUGUACAGUAA